GGUGUUAUUAAGAAUGGAGUCAACUUCCAGAGUACUCAGAAGUCAGCUUGUCUCAAAUCUCAAUAAUAUUUUUGUUUGUUCACGCCCUAUUGUUUCUUUUUGAGCAUGCCAUGCAAUUUGAGACCGGAGUUUGUGCAUGUGAAAAGCAUACCAUUGUGUCUCCUAAAGAGGAGGCGAAUUAUGAAUGUGGAGUCGGUCAGUUUCCAUCAUCAUCUUCGACAGAUAAAAAUCCACCUCCCAUUCCACCUAAAGCUUUUAAACAAAUCCCCCCUCUUCCUCCAAAACCCACAUCUCGUCCACUUCGACAAAUAAAACAUAGAUGUAUAAAAUGUGAACCAAUUAUCAACUUGGAAAACCCAAAUUUUUCGCCCAUUGGUCGCUUUCCAGACGUUUGUGCGGUGUGCAGGCGAAACGGUUUGCAUCCACACUCUACAUGUGACGUUGAUUCAAUCGAUAAACCUCAGAAACAUCCAAUCGAAUCUCUACCGGAUCACGAGGAUGUAAACUACAAAAAAUGUCUUGAAUGCCCUCAAACACCUAACAGUAACAGUAUGAAGUUCCAGUACUCGUCGCAGCAAAAGAGUGAAACAAGUAGACCAGGUAAAAUUUCAUCUGACGGGAAUGGUAAUUCCUGUUUGUUUACGUUCGAUAAAAAUAUUUCUAAUGCAAAAAUCACACAGCCAUCCAUUUGCAAACGGUUCGCAAAGCGACAUAUUUGUCAGGGAGUCUUGAAACACCAAGAAGUUAAUUUAUGCGAGCUCGGAAGGGAUUCGAGCUCAACAUCUGACUUACCAGCAUCAAACUGUUCCUGCUCUGCAAAAAUAUGGGGUCCUAGUGGUGGUAAUAAACUAGACUCUAGCUAUGCAUCGAACCAAGGAUGCUUUUCCUCAGAAUAUCGUGGUCUCAAUUUAAUUUCAGAUCAUUCUGCUAGCCGAAAGAUUUCUCGGUAUCACCAAGAGCAAGUUGAUACAAACAAAACAAGGUGCGGCAGUUUACAAUGGAUAUCUGACACUUUCCAACGUAUAUUUCAUGCUUCAAAGAGCUUCAAAUCUCCUAAAACAAAUUUUCCCCAUCCACCAGAUGAUUCCGUUGUAAAUGUAAAAAAUUUACCUCAUCUAAAUGAAGAUAGAUUUUGUAGGCGACUGAAACCACUUGUUCAUAAAAGGGAUCGCGAAUGGAAGACGGAUAUUUUCGAUCAGAAGUUUGGGGGUCGUUUCGUACAACAAAAACGUUCUUUCAGCUAUAAUAGUUCUUUUAUUGAAGGAGUCAGAUUUAGUUCAUAUAAUCAGAAUGGCUGUGAAUCUAAUGCAACUCUGAAUCCCCGUGUUGACCAUCAUUCACUUCCACCGAGAUCAGCAAACAGUCGGAGCUCCAUUAUUAAGUGUAGGAAUUCGCUUUUCAGUCCAGAUAUAACAAAAAGACAUUUUGAGCGCCUUGAUAGUAUAAGCCCUUCAAACGGUCGAUUGAAACAGGUACAUGUAUCCAAAACUAUAGGAGCUUCCCAGUCCAGAUACCAGACUCCAAAUCAUCCAAAUAUGUGUAUAAACCAUAAAAGACCAGAUUCUGCCCUCGCAAUGAUUUGUGCUUGUUCCCCCUAUGUAUCCGGUCACGUAAACCCCCUUGAUUCUACUAGAGAAUGCUUUUCUUGUAUGGGAAAUCAUUCAUCAUCUACAAAAGUUCCAGCUUGUGGCUGCCCCAACCGCAAAAACCAUAGGUGUUGGUUAAACAGUUCAAAUUGUUCGGGUAUAUCGAAACCCCACAGCGGGAAAGAACAAAACAACGAUGAAGUUACUACUCCUCAGUUCAAUGAGGGGAUUCUUCCAUUAAACCCUGAUGUCUUACUGGUUAAAGAACAUGAAAAUAAUUCCAACUGUGAUACUACGAAUUCAGUUACUUCUCACCUUCCCUGUGAGAUUCCUGUCGAUUCCAACAAAAAGGUCUUAAAAUGUACUGAAGGUAUCGAAUUUGGGGCACGUCCAACUACUAUAAUUGACAAGAACGGUCAAAUUCAUCACGUCCAUCACAUACACCAUGUCCAUCAUGUUCACCACCACCAUCAUCACCACGAAUGUGCAGACGGUGUCUCCAAUGAUAUUGCAUCCUGUCCUCUUAGUCCAGUUACCAGUCCAGUUGUCUGUGACAGACAACGUCCACCGACAACAAUUGCAUCUGCCUUGGAAACGUGCACCGUAGAGGAAGCAAUAGUCAGUUCUCCAUCUUCCUGUCAGAAUCAGCAGGUUGGCGUUGCGGAACAACUUCCUGUGAGCAGUUGUCAUACCUAUAACGCCUAUGAUGUUAGGGCGUCUGAUAGUAUAAGUACAGCAGCGCCCAUCAGCUCAACACGCACAUCUAGCCAAAGGUUGUCAUCUACGUUACAAGAUAGUCGAUCGUCAUUUCAUCGAAGUAUGUUAGAAUUGAGAAAGAAGUCUCAACCAAAUUUAUCCGAGGAAGUAAAGCGCAAUGCUAGGGAUUUUGUGGCAUGUUUCUCUUGUUCCGUUGAUGUAGACGAAGUUCAUUUCUUUCCACCUGUAUAUAUAUGGAGGAAGUCAAUCUAUAGUGAAGAGUUCCAUUCAGUUGAUUGUUCGACGAUGAUCCGUAGUGUCGCAACUUGAUCUGUGAACGACCGAUCCUUACGGGAUCCAACCUGUUGGGCAUCUACUGAGUCUUUCAUCUGGUUCAGCAUCACUGUUGAAAAUCUUUCGUGGUACUGACAGUAGUGUGAUUCCUGUGUAGUUUUGAUAUUCGCUCAUAACUCCUUUGUUUGGUAUCUUGACGAGGUAUUGUUCUUUCCAGUCUGUCGGUGGCACUUGCUUGGACUGGUAUAUUGUCGGGUCGUGCUGCUUUCCCACUGUUGAUUUGUCUGAUGGAUAUUGUAAUUUGUUCGAUCGUUGGUAGAAUGAGAUCGAUAGGAAGAUCUGUGUGUGUGUGUGUUGUUUCGAUGUGCAGAGGAUUCGAUGGAGCUGGUGUAUUUAAGAGUUGCUCGUAGUGUUCCACCCAUCUAUUGCUCUGUCAUUGAAUGUUGGUGAUUGUUUUGCUUUCCUUGUGCUUGACCGAUCUCUCUGCUUUGUCUUAUUUCCCUGUAGGUUUCUUCGUUGUGUUAUAAAGUUGUUUGAUAUUUGGUUCUGUUGCAGCUUUUCCCGUUGUCGUUGCUAGGUCUUCCAUAUAUUUGUGCUUGUCAGUUUUAGUGCUGUUGUUCACUUAGUUUUUUGCUUCUAUGUACUCAGCUUGUGCGUUGGCUUUCUCUGUUCUAAUUCGGCUGUUGUUGAUUGAUGUCUUCUUGUUCUUGCUUUCUUGAAUACUCCCAUCGGUAUUAAUAGAGAUCUAUAGCUUAUGAUGAUGCUUCUUUGAUCACAGAACCUCCGGAUCGAAUGGGUUUCCGUGAUUCUGAGAACCGUCAAGUUGUAUCUUCUCAUUUCCAUAGCUAUUUGAUUGGUCCUUUCGGUCUCCCACAUUGUCUGAACAUUUGAUGUACGUGUAUCAAUUGUUGCUGUGGUUGUUAGAAGAGGCAUCGGUAUUGUGACUUCCGAAGAAUCUGGGCUUUCAACAUGAGGCGUGGUAAUUUUUCCUUGAAGUCGAAGGGCAGAGUUUAAUUGGUUUAAAUUGUUUAUUCUGGUUAGCGUUUUUCUUAGCAAGUUUGUUUUCUACGGGAUGAGGUUUAUGACCCCAUGCACCCUAAAAUAGCUAUAUGCGGAGUUAUUACAAACACUAUCAACAUACCAGCCGAAUUAUAAGAACAUUUCAACUGUUCCCAUCGACUACUCCCAAGAAGUACAUAGAGGCAUAGUGUGCUGUUAGUGUCAAUGAUCUGUUUUACAGUUGAAGGCACGUGUGAACACCGUAUUUAUAAACACUUGUUGAUCAACGGUUAACUAUGAUUUACGUCAUAUGUUUAUUGUUUGACUAGAAAAAAAUUUCAUCUGCACAUCCGAGAGUUACGACUAUAAAUAGUCACAUUUUAUCUACAUCGUUCUCUACAACUGAAUAAUAUCAUUAUACAGUAAACGUUCUUUAACUAUUUCAUCUAAGACAUUAUUCACUAUACUUUAGACAAAAUUAUACUCUUUUAAAUCUGCAUUAUAUAGUUCUCAUACAUAUUUUAGUACUAUAUUACUAGUUACUUAAUUGUAAAUAAUGAAUAAAAACCAUUAAACAAUUUAAAUUCUUUCAAUGUUUGAGAUCAUGAGUCAAUUAAAACUAGACCACCAUGGAAAACCUGGAAGCACUGAACGGCCGUUUCGUCCUAUUGUGGCACUUCUCAACAGUGCGCAUCCACGAUCUCGCCCCCUUCCCUCCACAAAAUUCGAACCUAGGACCUAUCAGUCUCGCGCACGCAAGCGCUUAACCACUAGACUCCAUUGAAUCGGCAUCCAACGCUGUUAAUUUCUAACUUCAAUUAAUUCUAUACAAACUUGUAUCAAUGAUUUAAUGAAAUCUUAAUUGUAAAUACUAUUUCUCCUUUAUCAAGUAAUUUACUUGUCCAAAUUUUAGUUUUAUUCUAUUUAUCCCUAUAGAGAUUUAUAUUUGUAUUAUUUGUAUUCUGUAUGUACUAAACAAUUUGAUUAUGACUAUCAUCAUACUUGUAUAUUCUUAAACAAAAAGGGUAUGAAUAUUAUAUGACUCAUUAUAUGUGUGCUAUAUACAAUUGUAUGUAUCAUAAUUAUUUGUCUAAAAAUGAACUAUUUCACAUAUAUCCUUUACUAUAAUAAAUGUUUAUAUAUGUUUGUCUAUACAUUCUUCAUUAGAAUAAAUAGUCCCAAAAUUAGAACAAUCAUAAACUUACUAUGAAUGUAACAACUAUUUUACAUUUUUCUAAUUAAUAUUUCAUCAGUUCCUUUCGUUUUUUAUGUGUGUCCAUGAUUUUCUCUACUAGUUUGCUUUUUAUGUUACCCUUAUAUCGUUUCAAUAUUGUUUGGGUUUAUUUUGUUGUUGAAGAUCUACUAGUUGAAUAAAGU